CAAGGUCAUAAAACAUAUAUUUUUUGAAGCCAAAAUUAGGUUUCGUGCAUGAAACAGGUAACAUCAUGGUGGAUGCUGUAAAUGCAAUACUACGUCAACCACAAGCGUUUCCUGGGAAAAUUGAUAUACGGCGAGUUGAAGCAGCGAAGGCGAAUCGCCUAAAGCAACUACAGAAUUGGGAAGAGUAUGACAGAAGCAUGCGGUCUUUGGAUGCUGCUAGCGAGUCGAGAAAACACUCUAACAGACCACGCGCGGUCAAAUUUCAGCAGAACUAUGUGUUGUUAGAUGCAGCCUUACGGGACGAUAUCGAUGAAGUUAGACAACUUUUGGAGCAGAAUAUGGAUCCGAACGUAUGCAAAGAUGAUGGAUUGACUCCGCUGCAUCAAGCCUGCAUCAAUAACAGCGUUGAGAUGUGCGCCUUACUAAUUCAACAUGGGGCUGAUGUGAAUUGCAGAGACGCAGACCUCUGGACUCCCCUACAUGCGGCGGCCACCAGUGGCCACACCGAGGUUUGUGAAUACUUGCUUGAACAUGGUGCCGACCUUCUGGCAACCAACGUUGAUGGUAGCAUCCCAUACGAUAUUGCAGAGGACGAAGAAACGUCUUGGUUUCUGCAUACACAGUUCAAAAUUCGAGGGCUUUCUCCGUCCGAUUUAGAAACCGCGAGGUCUGCACCGGAAAGGAGGAUGCUCGCAGAUAUAAAACGGAGUUACAACAACGGGGAAAGUGUGACCGAGCUGGAUAGUCAAGGAGCAGCUCCGAUUCAUGUAGCUGCUGCGUGUGGAUUCUGUGAAGUGACAACCAUGUUGCUGCGAAUGGGAGUUGACCCGAACUCACUAGACGCGGAUUCCUGGACACCAGCACAUGUCGCCGUAUGCUGGGGACAAGUAAGUUCCUCCUGUGAUCAGCUGUAA